AUGAAGUCUACGUUCAAGUCUGAGUACCCCUUUGAGAAGCGGAAGGCUGAAUCGGAAAGGAUUUCUCAAAAGUUUUCGAAUCGGAUCCCAGUGAUCUGUGAGAAGGCUGAGAAGUCUGAUAUACCUGAAAUCGACAAGAGAAAGUAUUUGGUUCCAGCCGAUUUGACUGUGGGACAGUUUGUGUAUGUGAUUCGCAAGAGGAUAAUGCUACCACCGGAGAAGGCAAUCUUCAUCUUUGUGAACGACACACUACCUCCAACGGCAGCUUUGAUGAGUGCUAUUUACCAGGAGCAUAAGGACAAGGACGGGUUCCUCUAUGUGACUUACUCUGGUGAAAAUACGUUUGGAAGUUUGUGA